AUGAAAGGCCUACCAGGCUUAGAGACUGAGGGCAGUGUUCAAUUCACUUUGUGUUUUAUCUAUUUUAUCCUGUUGCGUUUCUACAAAGAAGCUGCUGCUUUUGUGUUAGAGUAAAUUGCUAGACAUUCUCCUCAACUAGCUCAGGCAACAGUUGAUUGUGGAGCUGAUACAGCGGAGAGAUGCUUGGAAGAUUUUGAGCCUGGAGUCAAAGAAGAUUCAACCUUGGCAUUUAGUUGUACUGCAAGACAUAAUGCAGAACUGUCACAAGCUGUGGUGGGUGGAGCAGUUCCUCUGUUAGUACUUUGUAUCCAGGAACCAGAAAUUGCUUUGAAAAGGAUUGCUGCUUUGGACCUCAGUGAUAUUUCAAAGCAUUCUCCCGAGUUAGCACUGACAGUAGUGGAUGCAGGAGCUAUUGCUCACUUAGCCCAGAUGAUUCUGAACCCUGCUGCUAAAUAAAGGUAUUUAAAAACAAGUCCUUUCCACUCUCAGGUUGCAAAAUAGUCUGUGGGCCUGGCCGAAAUGGUGGCUGAAGUAGAGGUUUUUCCAUUUGUACCUACCUGCCUGCAGGACAAAGAUGAAUAUGUGAAGAAAAAUGCUUCUGUUUUAAUUUAAAAGAUUGUACAACAUACAGCCACGUUUUCGCAUUUGACAGUGAAUGCAGGAGGAGUUGCCGCCAUGAUUGACUGCAUUGGAUCUUGAAAACAAGGCAUCAUGAAGCUUGGCUAUGUGGUGGCUCAUUCUGAGAACCUGGCAAUGGCCAUGAUCAUUAGCAAGGGUGUGCCCCAGUUGUCAGUCUGCUUGUCAGAAGAACCAGAAGAUCACGUUAGGGCUGCCACGGCCUGGACCAUAGCACAGAUUGGGAGACACACUCCAGAGCAUAUACGGGCCGUCACAGUCGCACACACUCUGCCAGUGCUGCUUUCUUUGUAUAUGUCAUCAGAAAGCUCUGAGGAUCUUCAAGUAAAAAGUCCCUUAUGGACCAGAGGUUGCCAGCUGUUGACUGGAGCUCAGCAGAGGGCCACCAGCGGCCACAUUGAUAAGGUGCUUGGUCCUUUCAAGGAAGCUAAGGUCAAACUGGGGUCAGGCUCCCACUUCAUCCAGCACAGCGGCAGUGCUCACUCAGCCCAUACCACUGCCUCCAUCUCGAAGCUUGCCUGUAUCUACUUGGCCCUUAUCCAUGAAGUGCUGGUGACGGAGAAUAAGAUGAAUGCCCUCGUUAAAGUGAUGGGUGUAAAUGCUGAACCUUUCUGGCCAGGCUUGUUUGCAAAAGGUUUGGCCAAUGUCAACAUUAGGAGCCUCAUCUGCAAUGUAAGGCUGGUGGACCUGCCCCAGAAGCUAGUGCUGUUUCAGCAGGAAGUCCUGUCCCCUCCACCACUUGCUGAAGAGUUUGAUGAUGACAUGGGUUUUGAUCUUUUUUACUAA